AUGGCUCAAGAAGAGGGACUCUUACCUCACAACCCAGCGAAACAAGAAGUGUCUGACGCUUGGGGGUCAAGCGGUUCGGGCCGACAGCCACCUGCUUACAACAGCCACAAGGUCAUGUGGAUCAAGAACCAUCAAACGUUGUGGGUCGAAGAAUACCUGGCGCGCAAGACCGCCAGUUGA